AUGGAUAUCUUCAAGCAAUUGGAGAAUACUAUACCCUUGACCGAAGCACUGCAACAAAUUCCUGCUUAUGCAAAACACUUGAAGCAAUUUCUGACUAAAAAGAAGAAAAAUGCAGAUGAAGAAACAAUUGAAGUGCAGGGUAAUUGCAGUGCCAUUUUGCAGAAGAGUCUCCCUCCAAAAUUCAAAGAUCCAGGAAGUUUCAAUAUCCCUUGCACCAUUGGGAAUCAUGAUAUAGGGAAGGCUCUAGUUGACCUAGGGGCUAGCACCAAUCUGAUGUCCCUAUCUAUGCUCAAGAAGAUUGGUGGUCUUGAGGUCAAACCUAUAAGAAUGAUCUUGCAAAUGGUAGACAGAUCCAUCAAGCAUCCUUAUGGUGUAGUAGAAGAUGUUGUGAUCCAGAUUGACAAACUCAAAUUCCCAAUUGACUUUGUAGUGAUGGAAGUAGGGGAAGAUGUAGAUAUCCCUCUCAUUCUUGGAAGACCAUUCAUGAAGACAACCAAGGUUGUAAUUCAUGUAGAUGACGGAGUUCUAACAUUGAAAGACCAAGAUAAAGAGGUGACUUUUAGCAAACUAUGGUGCUUUAGCCUAACAAGCUAA